AUGUUUGCAUAUUACAUAGUUCGCAAGUUUAACAAAUACUAUAUAUUGCAAUUUCAGGUUAGGGUUGACAUGGGCGAGCCAAUACUUAACGCACCAGAUGUACCAACAAAGUUACCUGCAAAUAAAGAUGACUCUGUUGUUAAAUCAGAACUAGUUGUAGAUGGACUAACCUGGAACGUGACAUGUGUUAGUAUGGGUAAUCCUCACUGCGUGACCUUUGGUACAAAGGGAGAUCAAAAAUUGGUUGUUGAUGAGUUAAAUUUAGCCGAAAUUGGUCCAAAAUUUGAGCAUCAUGCUAUGUUCCCAGCCCGAACUAACACAGAAUUUGUGGAAGUAUUUUCCCGUUCACACUUGAAAAUGCGAGUCUGGGAGCGUGGAGCAGGAGCAACACUUGCCUGUGGAACUGGAGCUUGUGCAGUUGUGGUGGCAGCAGUUCUUGAGGGUCAUUCAGAUCGGAAAUGCACGGUUGAUUUACCUGGAGGACCAUUGGAUAUUGAGUGGAGAGAGGAAGACAAUCAUGUAUACAUGACAGGUCCUGCUGAAGUUGUGUUUUAUGGAUCAGUGCCCCUCUAAAGCUUUCUCCUUUUGAUUGCCAUCUUGAGGAAAGUUAGUUCUCCCAAUGUUUCAGCUAUGCUUAGAGCUAGCUUUAAAAGUAUUGUUGGCGUCCUUGUGUUUAUUUAUUUUAAGAAUUUUGAAGAGCCGUGAUGUUAUAUAUUACAAUAAAGCUAAGGCUUUCUGAUCGGCAUCUGUUGCUUUCUUGCUUCAAUUAUGUUGACAGACAGAAUUGUGAUAAUCUAGCAUUAGACCUGUCUGAGGGGAGUACCGACCAUGCUCCGAGUAA